AUGGAUAAGCUUGAGCCUUUACGGAUAAACAUGAGGCACGGUUCAAUCCUGGCCGUCCAUUUCUUCAUUCCGGGGAAACCUACGAUCUGUCACCAGACCGCAAGAACAUUAAUACGGCACAUUCCGUUCCAAUGUCUCUUGAGGGUGACCUCGCAAAACCUCGACGUCGGAGAGUUCGUGAAAAUUUACCACGAAGAAAAGGCGGAAGUCAAAAGUUCAUCACUAGCUAAGAAAAUACCUAAAACAUCUAAUCUUUUGGCGAGCACAAGCGACAAACUCGAACUCGCUAGAGCAAUCACAACAUUCAAGGAAGAAGAAAUUCGUCACCUUGCAGAACCUGAUGACGUUGAUUUUGUCCUCACCUUAGACGUGGCUGACGUCGGGGUUUCAAAGAUUGUGAUUGAUGUUGGAAGUUUGAUAGAUCUACUAUUCUUGAGUACGCUUGGAGAGAAUGGAAAGUAG